UCAUUUAGACCAAUAAGCGCCUUUGAAUUAGGGUAAUUUCUGUGGCGCACUUCUGCACUGUUUAGUUCGAAUGUUUCUACGAUUGUAUCAUGAUGUGAAAGAUUGAAGAAUAAGUAACGCAGUCAUUUUAGGUACCCAAGUAAAGUCAGCACGCUCCUGACAUUUUUAAAGCGCAGUCGUUAUUUCUCAGUUGUUAAUCAAAACAAUGACUUCGGCCUCUACUAAGGUUGGCGAGAUCUUUUCUGCAGCUGGAGCUGCUUUCACAAAAUUAGGAGAGCUAACCAUGCAGCUGCAUCCUGUGGCAGAUGUCAGUCCAGCAGGGGCACAAAUGAAAACAACAGUCAAGAGGAAGCUCUAUGAAGACAGUGGCAUUCCUUUAUCCUCUGAUUCUACAAAGAAGAGUACCAAAAAGGUGCCCGUUUCUAUGGCUCCCCCUGCUCCACCUACAGUCAUCACCGUGCCAACAUCUCAGGUUAUGGUGACUGGGGGUUUACAGGGUUCAACCACAGUUUCAUCUAGCAUCAAGUCAUCUAAGACUGCAGAUGUCACUCUCAGUGCUCUGAAUGACUCUGAUGUAAACAGUGAUCUGGUAGAUAUAGAGGGGCUUGGUGAUAGUUCCACAUCUAAAAAGCUCAAUUUUGAUCAGGAUAGUCUGAAUCUUGACUCCAGCCUCAUCAUGAAUUCAAGUGACUUGCCUCUGUUAUCCCGUUGAAAUCCUUCAUCUCUUUUACUGAAACAUAUCAUCUGUUAGAAAGGGAACUGAUCAUGUCACUUGAGUGGAGUUCAGCCCAACUACACAAACUCUCAAGUUCUUCAACCUGGACAAAGACCUCUUUUUCCUUUUCUUUUUUUUUUUUUGACAAUAAAGGAAGAUUUAUUUUUGAACACAAGGUUUUGAAAGAUACUAUCAAAUACUGCUCAAUACAUAUUACUGUUCUGGGAUCUAUGGUGGUGGUGCCUAUUUUAAAUAUAUUUUCAGUAAAAGCAUUAUUGUACAUAUUUUUCAACCACUGUCUCUAGAGAUUCAAUGUUGGGGGGCCAAUGCUUUGUUUGAUGAACCGUUAACCAAUUUAAAUGCAGAUUCUGCUAUAGGUUAAAUUAUUUUCUAAUGCUUAGUGCAUUUAUAACAAAAGACUGUAGCUAAAAAUCUCACUCUAAGACAGGGUUUUACUCAAUUUUUCUGAAAUCUUUUUUAGAGCUGUGUGGCAGCUUUAGUGAGUUUUAUCUUUUUAAUUUUUUUGCAUUGUCUCACCAUUCUCUGGUAGUGUGUAAAAGGAAGGUUUCUUCUGUUGAUGGGUUUUCUGAGAUUAGUGGGGUAGGUUAGUGGGUUUUAUUAAUGUAAAUGUUUGAAAGUUUAGAUUAAAACUUGAUUAACAGAAUGUACAGUAUAUUCACUAUGUUAAUUUCCAUUAAUUUUACAAUUCCUUCACUAAAUGUUUGCCUAAAUGUUUCCAUGAACAUGAAACCCUGAGUCUCCCCUUGAAAUCAUACCCAAUGAAACUCUGCCAGUUAAGCCAUUUAUCUGAUCUCUCUUCAUAUAUAAUUUCAUAAUGCAUUGGAAAUUUCUGCCUAUAUCUCUACCUUAUGUCUUUCCCAUUGCUCAUUAUGGCCAAGAGUGCUACUGAUGAGCUAAUGAAACUAGCCAUGAAAUAAAAUUAGACCUGUAUCUGAAUGGCAGCUCUAAGAAGAGUGGUGAAGACAGCACACUUUGGUUUUUAACACAGACUGGAACCAAAUAAUUGACAUUUUGUGUAUUGUAAAUAAACUUGAUUUCACUCAAA